AUCAAAACACGCUGUACUGUUUUAACACUCCACUCAACUGAACACAGAGAUGUGAUGUUCAGAUGCUGCUAAAUUAUCUUAACACAUUAUUAAUUAAUUUGUCGUUCAAGACAUUCUGAUUACUUAUCAAUGUCAGAAAGCUAGAAACAUCUGUUUGGUAUGGUCAUAGGACAAAAUGGAGGAGUAUACUGUAGUGCAGCAGAUAGAUCUGAAAGAUCAACAUAUUCUGAUUGGUAAUGGUAGAGAGGGGACGAAACUCUUAUCAACAAGUCCAGCAGAAGAGGAUGAAGAAAAUGAUCAGAAAGAGGACAUAACUGUGACAGUGGAGCUUGAAGACAAGAAACCUCUCAUUUAUAGAAUUUCUGAAGUACCUCCGCCACAUCUUCUGAUCUUCUUUGCCUUACAACAAUGUCUUCUAAGUAUUGGAAGUCCCCUGGCAGUGACUAUCAUUGUGGCUGAGGUGAUCUGUGCGCAGCAGGAUGAAGCCAUCAAAACGUACAUUCUCAGCUCUUCUUUCUUAAUGAUUGGCGUGUCUACGUUCGCCAUGAGCACAUUCGGAGUCAGGCUACCAGUAUUCCAAGGUCCUGCUUCAACAUAUCUGAUUCCCUUAAUCGCUAUGUCCACUUUACCAGAGUGGAAAUGUCCAAACAUAUUUAAAGAUAGUCGCCAUGACAACAUCACUGUGCUGAUGGCGGAUGUAGGAAAUGGUACAGUUAUUCCUGCGAGAGAAGUGAUUGAGAACAAACUAGCCCAGCUUUCUGGAAGUUUAAUGCUAGCAGGUGGUCUACACUUUUUGAUUGGUGCCACAGGUUUGAUUGGAAUUCUAAUUAGGUACAUUGGACCAAUCACCAUUGUACCAACAGUAACACUGGUUGGUCUCUUUAUUUACAAGGCAGCAGUAAAGUUUUGUGAAACUAACUGGCUUCUAUCAUGUAUUACUUGUGCUGUCAACCUUAUCCUCUCCCUGUAUUUGUCCAAGCGACAAACACCAAUACCAAUGUGGAACCGAAAGCAAGGAUUUCACAUUCUGUGGUUUCCAUUUCAUCAAGUGUUUUCGGUUCUCCUGAGUAUUAUUAUUGGCUGGAUUGUAGCCCUCAUUCUGACAGUGGCCGGCACAAUGUCAGAUGACCCUGACAGCAUCGAACAGUUUGCCAGAACAGAUGCCAGGCUACAUAUAGUGCACGAAUCCGAUUGGUUCAUUUUUCCUUAUCCAGGGAAAGUUGGCAGUUUUUCUUUUAGUCUUGGCGCUUUCAUCAGCUUUUUCAUGGCGACUAUUGGAUCAGUCCUAGACAGUAUUGGCGAUUACAACGCCAUUGCCCGCAUCUGUAGAGUGCCGCCCCCGCCAAGAUACGCCUUCAACAGGGGCAUCGCCGUAGAAGGUUUGAUGAGUUUCUUUAGCGGCGCCAUGGGAUGUUGUCAUGCUACCGUCUCGUAUGGUGGAAACAUUGGCGCAAUGGGAAUAACUAGGGUAGUGUCUCGGAGUGUCUUUCAAAUGUGUGGACUGUUAUUCAUUCUCUUUGCCGUCUUCGCCAAGUUAGGAGCAGUCUUUAUAGCUAUUCCAUACCCUGUCAUAGGCGGAUCUUCUCUUAUUUCCAUGGGCAUUUUUAUUGGAGUGGUAUUAUCUUACUUACAGACUGUCGACUUAAACUCUCAGAGAAAUCUGGCUAUAAUUGGUACCGCUUUAUUGUUAGGCAUGAUGUUGCCAUAUUGGAUUACUAAUAACCCACAAGCUAUCGAUACAGGUAGCGAUGAUCUGAACAAUGCUAUUACAAUGCUUUUAUCUAAUCCUUCUUUUGUUGGCGGGACGUUUGCCUUCGUCUUGGACAACACUGUACCUGGUACUUUGAAAGAAAGGGGAAUGCUGCACCAACUGAGAGAAUUAAAUCCAGAUGAAUUCGCUGAUGAUGACGAAACCUAUGAAGACGGUUUAGAAACAUAUGACCUCAUUUCAUCUCUGCCAUCUUGUUUGGCAAACUCAAGCCUAGCCAGACGUUUAUCAACAUUUAACAAGAGAAAAACGUCCGUUGGUAGAUGACGACAAAAUAAAAAUAAUAAUUUUUCUUUCUGUGAAAAAUAUAAUUUUUUAUCUUUAUAACCUUGGAUAUCAUUCUUAACAAUGAAUUAUCGUAGAAAAUUUAGGAGAAAUGUUAAGUUCUAUUAAUAAUAAUUUUUCUACAGUAGUUUGGGUUAUCAGACUCCUUCCAGCCUUGCCACCAUCUCAGGGUUAUCAGACCUCCGGCAAAAGGAAGGCUAAAGGAAGACAUGUCGCGUCUUCUGUUCGCCUGCCUGGUCGUGCGGUUUGCACGCUGGACAGUCGUUCGGUCGUCUCGACGGUCUCGGGUUCAUACUCUGCCCGCUGCCAUUCUCAGUCACCCUGCGGGAGGUUUGGACUAGGAAGAAGUUUAUCUUCAACUCUGAAGGAACAUCCGAAAAUUGUAAAACAUUUUACAAACAUUUAAAGUCAUUGCCAUAAAGUGUCAAAAUGCUGGGGUCUAUUUAGUUGUUUAUUGCAAGGGUAUAUUAUCCAGCUAUCAAAUUCUAUCAAUUAUAUUAUUCAACAAUCAAAUUCAGUCAUGCGUAUCUUCUAAUUUAUAUACAAUGAACUCAAUAAUAAACGUGCAUUGUAAUGCAUACAGUUCCUUAAGGAAUGGAGUAAUGAUGAAAACAAUUCUGACCAGUGGAUCAUGACAUUUGAAAUAGUUUGUUACCAAUUGUUUUCGUUUAGCACUAGUUCAUACUUUUAGCUUUCUCAAUACGCUAUGAUCCUAGCACUUGUCUGAACGAGCACACAUUUCUAGUCAAUCUCUCUCUCUAUAUAUAUAAUUAUCUUCGUGGCCCAACCAUGCGGGAUACCACGCAAAAGUCUUGGAAAGAUAACUCUUUUAUUUCUGCAAGUCUGACUGUAUUUUCAGCAUAUUUGUAAAGAGCAUGUUUCUUAAAGAAAGAACAGACAGUAUUCCAUCUCCACCAACAACAAUGUUAAAUUAGCCUAAAUUUAUUUAUGGACUCUAUUCUAUUUUCACGUCGUCCAUAUUGGUUGGAUCUUAUUUGUAACUAAAGCAAAAUAAACUAAUACUACUUCGACAAAAGGACAAUAAGUACAUUAUUUAAAAAAUUACAUAUAUUUCAGAUUAUUUUAUCUCAUAUAAUUUGGAGGCAAUUCUUUGUAGGAUUAAAAAACUUUUAUUUGUAUGAAUAUUUAGAUUACAUUUUAAUGUAAGAUAUGCACUACGUCAAUUUCAUUAACUCUUUCUCUCCUAACUGACGAUUCCAACGUUGAUUCCACUAGAAUGUGGUAAAUAAUUACGGAGAGAAAGAGUUAAACAUAGGAAGGUAUCCAAUUUCAAAAGCCAAACAGCACGACUAACAAUAUCUUAAUCACAGUAUGGUGAAGUGUUAUGUAAAUGUCAAUGACAUCAAGAUGUCAUAUUAAAUGUCCAAUGAAACAGUACCAAAUGAUGUGCAUGGUAUAGAUUUCCUUUUACUCUGAAUAUUUAUUAACAAUAUCAAAAUGAUAAAAAACAAUUUCAAAGACAAUUACAAACAAAUUUAUAAAAAAUAAAAAAAAAUGAACAUGUUUAGUAAAGAGAAAGUAAAGGUCCCCUUUCAGACCUUGCGAUCAAUAGGGCAGAUGAUGUUUAAAAUCAUCUUUAUUUUUGGCCAACGGUUAACGAGGAGGGUGUCAUGUGGCCAGCACAACGACCAACCACCUUUACUUUCCCCAACUAAAGUCAGGUACUCAUUAGAUUUGAGUGGACUCAGGGGUGCCCUAAAAAUACCGAAUUUCAAAAUCACAGUAUUCAUUCGAACCCAGGAGCCCAGGUUCGGAAUUUAAAUGCUUAACCACCAAGCCCCUGCACAUGUUUAGUAAGAAAAAAAAAGUACAGGUCGAUUUUAACUUCUUGUCAGUAUAAAUGUUAAACAUCUUAAAAAAUGGUAAAUAUGUGAGAUAGUGGAGAAAAAAAUAAAUAAAACCCUGUUUAAAUUCGAUGCCGUUAAAAGAUUAGUUCUCUAAGUGUUAUCAUUCUCGCAUCUCUCUCAUCUGUUCUUUGACUUUUGUUGCAAGUGUGCUGUGGCAGCUCGAGUUAUCGAACCCCACCCCUUUUCAUGGUCAGCAGCUGUUCUGGUUGGUCCAUUCAUUUACGUUGUCCAGCCAGAUUUUCUUUGGACGAGCCUUUCUUCAUGCUACCUCCACCGUACAUUACAAGAUGACUUUUGACAAUGAGUUAUGUAAUGAG